CACGCCUUACCCCGCUUAGGGCUUCACACAGGAUUCACCACCAAGCCAGGCAUACAGCGAAAGCCGGUAGCCUCAGCUCGCGACAUCUUGACGCAUCACAGGGUCCUAUUGGUAUUUAGGGUGGUGCACCUGCUCGUCAUUCUCUCUAUAGGCUUACCAUCCAUCAGUAGCAUGAAAGCAACUAGCAAGCAAGCGCCCGCACCACCAGGCUACCGACUUUAG